AUGGCAGCUGAAAAAAUUACUGACGACUUGAAACAUACCCAAUCUAUUAAAGAGGGAACCAUAAACGAUGCCUCCACAGCCGAAGCCUUGACACUAUGCCGCGAUGCAGACGAGAUCGAGACAAGCCCCGAGCUUGACAAGGCUCUACGAUGGAAGCUGGACCUGAGACUCAUGCCUCUUCUCUGUUUUACGUAUGCACUGCAGUCAAUUGACAAAAACACUAUCAGCUAUGCUGCCGUGUUCGGCCUAAGAGAAGAUCUGAGUCUGAAGGGAGAUGAGUUCUCGUGGACCGGUGGGAUAUUCUACCUUGGUUACCUUAUCUGGGAGUUUCCGACUAGUAUGUUCCUUCAACGAUUUCCGAUCAACUACUUCAUGUCAGGCACUGUCAUCGCUUGGGGCGCAGUGCUCAUGGCCCAUGGAGCCGUCAACUCCUUCACAACCCUCAUCGUUGUCCGCGUCCUUCUCGGCGCCCUAGAAGCAGCAAUCAACCCCGGUACUAUGCUUCUUUUCAGCAUGUACUACAUGAGAAAAGAACAACCUCUCCGCAUGGGUAUCUGGAUUGGCUCAGCAGGAAUGGGUUACAUCAUCGCUGGCAUAGCUAGCUUUGGUAUAGGCCAUGUAAAGUCAGCUUUGCCAUCCUGGAGAGUUCUUUUUAUCAUUUGGGGAGCGAUUACCGUUGCUUGGGGCGUAAUUCUCUUGUUUCUGCUUCCGGGUACUCCUAUGAGGGCGAAGUUUUUGACGGCUGAUGAGAAAGCGAGAGUUGUUGCGAGGGUGAAGGGGAAUGGGACGGGUAUUGAGAAUAAGCAUUUUAAGAUAACGCAGUUUUGGGAGGCUAUGGUUGAUAUAAAGACUUGGCUCUUGUUCUUGUUUGCUCUUACGAGUAACUCGCCCAAUGGAGGCUUGUCAGCGUUCCAAGGUCUUAUCAUCAAAGGCGCUGGCUUCAGCACACUCGACACGACGCUAUAUCAGAUGCCCUCAGGUGCAGUCCAACUAGUCGCCUGCGUACUCGCCUGCUGGGGAGCUUCGGCCAUCAAAAACUCCAGAAUCCCAAUCAUGCUUCUUGGCCUAGUUCCCUUCCUCACCGGUGUUCUAGGUCUUCACUUCCUCCCUCACAGCGAUGCAUACGCCCGCUUAGCAUGUCUAUGGAUGUCUUUUUCAUACACAUCGACCUGGACACUUAGUAUGUCUGUUUCAAUGGCCAACACAGCGGGACAUACUAAGAAAAUUACGACAAAUGCCCUGUUGUUGAUCGGAUAUUGUCUUGGGAACUUUGUGGGGCCGUUCUUCUUUAAGUCUAACCAGGCGCCUCAGUAUGAGCUUGGAGUGGGUGGCAAGUCUUGUUGCUCUCUGGGUAUUGUUGUGGACGAGGAAUAG